AAAAGGCGAACGGGUAGCUUUACUAUUUCAUAUCUAAAAGUUGCCCGAACUUACAUGUCCCGCACUCGAGCAUUAGCAAUAGCGAAGCGAGUUAUCACUAAACAGUUGAGUCUGCGAUCUAUAUCAUGCCUGCAUUACUCUCAGUCUCAGUUGUUCUGAAACUUUCCUCGCGAAACGUCGUCAAAUUCUUUACAUUCGAUUCAACAAAAAUGGUCCGUCCAAAAGUUUUGAUCACUCGUCCGGACAUUCCAAAAGCAGGGUUAAAUUUACUUCAAGAACAAUGUGACAUUAUACUCUGGGACAAACCUGAACCAAUUCCAAGAUCUGUAUUGUUAUCAAAAAUACAAAAUGUUGAUGGAGUUUAUUGUCUACUAACAGAUAAAAUAGAUGAUGAAAUCUUAAAUGCUGCAGGACCACAAUUAAAAGUUGUUAGCACUAUGUCAGUUGGUCAUGACCAUUUAGAUUUAAAAGCUUUAAAAAAAAGAAAUAUUAGUGUUGGUUAUACUCCUGGUAUUUUAACAGAUGCUACAGCUGAAUUAACUGUAGCAUUAUUGUUAGCUACAUCUAGACGAUUGUUGGAAUCGAACAGAGCUAUUUACAAGGGAGAAUGGAAAGCAUGGGCACCUACUUGGAUGUGUGGUCCUGGAUUAUCAGGAUCUACUAUUGGGGUAGUAGGAUUAGGUCGAAUUGGUGUUCAAGUGGCAAAGAUACUAAAAAACUUCAAUGUUGCUAAGAUAUUAUAUACAAGUAGAAGUAUCAAGCAAGAAGCAUCUGAAUUUGGAGGAGAAAUAGUAGAACUCGAUGAACUACUACAAAAGAGUGACUUUGUAAUUGUUACAAUAGCUUUAACACCAGAAACAAGGCAAAUGUUUAACCAAGGUGCAUUUGAGAAAAUGAAGAGGUCUGCUAUAUUUGUGAAUGUUAGUAGAGGAGAAGUUGUUGAUCAAUCUGCUCUGUUAGAAGCUUUGAAAAAAGGAACAAUCAAAGCAGCUGGUUUAGAUGUCAUGACUCCAGAGCCUAUUCCACUAGAUAGUGAACUAUUAAAAUUAGAUAAUUGUGUGAUACUACCUCACAUUGGUAGUGCAGCUACAGAAACGCGGGAGGAAAUGUCGAGAAUAACUGCCAGAAAUAUUCUGGCAGUUUUGAAAGGAACACCAACUCAAAUGCCUGCUCCACUUCAAUUAUAAAUAUAAAUUAUAUGAUGUAUUAGCAUUAGUUACAAAUAUGAUUUAUAAACACAGAUCGUUUAUUAAUUUCAUGUAUCAAUAUAUAUAUAUAUAUAUAUGUACUUAAAUGUUAUAUAAAUAGUGAUAAUGAAGUGA